GCCCCCGCGCCGGCCGCUCCUCUCCAUUCCUUCUCCUCCCAGGCAGGCCCUGCCCAGUCGGCGGGCGGGCGUCAGUUUGGCCCGGAAGCCGGCGGAAUGGAGGCGGCGCUCCGGUUGCCACGUUGAAGCGGAACGUGGAGGCGCCUCCGGCCCUGGGAGAGGACGAGGAGGAGCUGCAGCCGGCAGGCCGCGGCAGGGAGGUCACCGGAGACCCCGGCGACAAACACCCCGGACAGCAGAAUGAAGCUCAAAGAGAUAGACCGCACUGCUAUGCAGGCAUGGAGUCCAGCCCAGCAUCAUCCUAUUUACCUGGCCACAGGCACGUCUGCUCAGCAGCUGGACGCGACCUUCAGCACCAAUGCUUCCUUGGAAAUAUUUGAACUGGACUUGACUGACCCCUCGCUGGAUAUGAAGUCCCUUGCCACUUACUCCUCCGCUCACAGAUAUCACAAACUGAUAUGGGGCCCUCACAAGAUGGCGCCCGACGGGAAUCUUUCAGGCGUGCUUAUCGCAGGUGGCGAAAAUGGAAACGUCAUCUUGUAUGAUCCGGCUAAAAUAAUAGCUGGUGACAGCGAAGUUGUGAUUGCGCAGAAGGACAAGCACACGGGGCCGGUGAGAGCUCUGGAUGUCAACAUAUUCCAGACAAACUUAGUAGCGUCUGGAGCAAAUGAGUCUGAGAUCUACAUCUGGGACCUGAACAACUUUGCAACACCAAUGACACCAGGAGCCAAGACACAGCCUCCUGAAGACAUCAGCUGUAUUGCGUGGAACAGGCAAGUCCAGCAUAUCUUGGCUUCUGCUAGCCCAAGUGGCCGUGCCACAGUGUGGGAUCUCAGGAAGAAUGAACCUAUCAUCAAAGUCAGCGACCACAGCAACCGGAUGCAUUGCUCAGGCCUCGCUUGGCACCCAGAUAUCGCUACCCAAAUGGUUCUGGCUUCAGAAGACGACAGGCUGCCCGUAAUUCAGGUGUGGGACCUUCGGUUUGCAUCAUCUCCUCUUCGUGUUCUGGAAAACCAUGCAAGCUGCUGUUUGUUGUAUCUUUGGUUUUGGGCACAGGUGUUGUACGAGCUUCCCACCAGCACCCGGUGGUGCUUUGACGUCCAGUGGUGUCCCAGAAACCCCGCUCUCCUCUCUGCAGCUUCAUUUGACGGGCGGAUCAGUAUCUACUCCAUCAUGGGCGGAAGCACAGACAGCUUGAGGCAGAAACAGGCCGAUAAGCUGUCCUCAUCCUUUGGGAACCUCGACCCGUUUGGAACAGGGCAGCCUCUUCCUCCUCUGCAGCUUCCGCAGCAGACGACUUCCCAGAGCAUGGUCCUGCCUCUGAAGAAACCACCCAAGUGGAUUCGCCGACCAGUGGGUGCAACCUUUUCAUUUGGAGGGAAGCUAGUUACAUUUGAGAACACAAAGCCUCAGCAGCAAGGAGCCGAGCAGCAGCCGCAGCGCUAUCACGUCUACGUCAGCCAGGUCGUCACCGAGAAGGAGUUCUUGAGCCGUUCCGACCAGCUGCAGGAGGCCGUGCGGGCAGAGGCGUUUGUUACCUAUUGUCAGAAGAAAAUCGAUGCUGCCAAGAACGACUUUGAGAGGAACGUGUGGUCUUUCUUGAAGGUGCAUUUUGAAGAGGAUUCGCGUGGCAAGUACCUAGAACUCUUGGGGUACAAGAGAGAGGACUUGGGGAGGAAGAUUACAUCAGCUCUCAAUAAGGAAAGCCUUCAUCACAGAGAGGAGGAGGAGACUCUUGAGGAAUCUGACCAGCCUGCACAGAGUGAUGGUGAAGAGGGUCUGGUUGACAAGGAUCAGCUCUUGGGAGAGAAUGCGAAAGAAGAGACUGAUGCCCUGUUGCCUACAAAGGAAACCUUUAACAUUUCUGUUACUGGAGAUAUCGAUGGCCUUAUUACUCAGGCACUGCUGACGGGUAACUUUGAGAGUGCUGUUGACCUCUGCCUCCAUGACAAUCGCAUGGCUGACGCCAUUAUCCUAGCUAUAGCUGGCGGCCAGGAGCUGCUGUCGAGGACCCAGAAGAAGUACUUUGCAAAGACGCGAGGCAAGAUUACCAGGCUCAUCACUGCUGUUGUGACCAAGAACUGGAAGGAAAUAGUGCAGUCGUGUGACCUGCAGAAUUGGAAAGAAGCUCUGGCUGCAGUGUUGACUUACGCUAGGCCGGAUGAAUUUGCAGCUCUCUGCGAUUUAUUGGGUACUAGACUUGAAAACGAAGGGGACAGCCUUCUGCAGACCCAGGCUUGCCUGUGUUACGUCUGUGCUGGGAAUGUCGAGAAACUCGUCGCCUGUUGGACUAAAGCUCAGGGUGGAAACAACCCACUCUCUCUCCAGGACCUCAUUGAAAAAGUGGUAAUCUUGCGUAAGGCGGUGCAGCUGACGCAGGCGAUGGAUGCGGAUGCCGUUGGGGCCCUUCUGGCUGAGAAGAUGAGCCAGUAUGCCAACCUGUUGGCGUCCCAGGGCAGCAUUGCGGCUGCAUUGGCUUUCCUCCCUGCUAACACCAAUCAGCCCAACAUCGUGUUGUUGCGGGACAGAAUUUGUAGAGCUCAAGGAGAACUUCCCGCGAGCCAGGAGGCUCCCAAGGCCCCUUAUGAGAGGCAGCCUGCAGACAAGGGCAGAGGUGGGCACGCGGCCGGACAGAUGCAGAUGCCACAGGUCCCGAGCCAGCAGUAUUACCAGCAGGGAGAAAACCCUCCUCCUCCUCCAGGGUUUAUUAUGCAAGGGAACAUUAAUGCCAGUGUACCACCACAUCAGACUACAUCUUCUGGUUACAAUGCAUAUUCGCAGGUGGGAGCACGGCAGGCGUACCCGCAACCUUGUCAGCCAGCGCAGCAGUAUUCUUUCAGAACGGGGGGACCGCCGCUCUAUCAACCCCAACAGCCUCUCGCCCCUCCCGCUUCCGCCUCUUACGUUAACCCUUCCCCGCUGUACGUCCCCUCUAACCCUCCCAGCUCCCUGCCUUCUCAGUUGUAUCCAGCACAACCCCAGGCCUCUCCGACAGCCUUGAAUCCAGGCUCUUCUCUUCCCCCUCCCCCUUCCGGCACCUCCUUCCAGCAUGUCAGGCCGGGAGCCCCAGCAUCUACUCUGCCGUAUGCACUGCCUCCUGGACCAACAGGUACAGAGCCUGCAGCCAGUGAGCUUCCUGCAUCCCAAAGAACAGAGUUUCAGUCCAUACAAGACCAGGCCAGUAUCCUACAAGGACCUCAGAAUGGCUGGAAUGACCCACCUGCUUUGAACAGAGUUGCAAAGAAAAAAAAGAUCCCCGACAACUUCAUGCCUCCCGUUCCGAUCACCUCCCCGAUCAUGAACCCUCUGGCAGACCCUCAAGGCCAGCUGCAGCAGCCCCCGGCUUCGGCCAUGCCGCCGGCCCAAGCUCCGUUCCAGCCCACGCAUCUGUCUCCAGGCCAGCUGGGUUUACACAGCCCCUUCCAGAACGUUUCGCAGCCCGGUGGCCAGCCUCUCCUGCCUCCUGCCGCAUCGACAGCUAGUAUGGAGGGAGCCCCAGGAGCUCCGAUUGGCAACGCCAUGCAGCAAGUGCAGUCGUUGCCGACAGAAAAGAUAACAAAAAAGCCAAUUCCUGACGAACACCUUAUCCUGAAGACCACAUUCGAAGCUCUGAUCCAGAGAUGUCUCGCUUCUGCUACAGAUCCGCAAACCAAGCGAAAACUAGACGAUGCCAACAAACGCCUGGAGUUUCUGUAUGACAAACUUCGAGAACAGACGCUCUCCCCGAUGAUCAUCAACGGCCUACACAACAUCGCCAGGAGCAUCGAAACCCGGAACUACACGGAGGGUCUGAACAUCCACACCCACAUAGUCAGCACCAGCAACUUCAGUGAGACCUCAGCCUUCAUGCCAGUGCUGAAAGUCGUCCUCACCCAGGCCAACAAACUGGGCGUGUGAAGGAGGCCUUCCCUGCAGAGGAGGAAGCACGUGGCUUCGCAGAUGGGCAGAACUCCUCUCCGCUUCACAGAAUCCGAGGCAACGGAAGGCCGGUCGCUACAGGAUCCCUACAGAUGAGCUCUUUUCACUUUUAGAAGGGCCCACAAGCCCUGGUGCUUUUCUUUUAUCUCUUCACCUUUUAUGAUUCUUGUCCUACAGAUAGUAUAAUUACGCCACCCGCCCCACGUCGCCCGUUUUAAAUGCAUGUCCCCAUGGCUGCUUGGAAAGUGGCUCUUAUGAAAUCAGAGGGCCAUUUGUGUGUUAAGGGCGACCUCGAGAGAGAACUCUCUGCGCAUUCCUCUGCAU